CUCUCAGCCUUUUGGGGGGCCUUCUCUUCUCCGUCUCAAAUCAACUCCGCCACUAUCUUUCCGCCCCCCGCCGAUUCAGAUCGACGACAAGGUUCGCCUUCUAUCAACCUUGAAUUCAUCUCUUUUUCUUCUUUUUUUCUCUUUUUUUCUCUCAUUUUUUUUCUUCACUUUUUCACUUCGCGAUGAUUUCUACAGUUCAUUGUCUUAUAUAGUUUGAGACAAGGAGCUGAUACUGUUUCUGCCUUUCUGGAUUAGACAAGUAUUAGCAACAAUGUUUGGUUCAACUAAUCCUUUUGGGCAAUCUUCUAGUAGCCCGUUUGGAUCACAGUCAGUGUUUGGGCAGACGAGUGCAAGUAAUAAUCCAUUUGCUCCUAAACCAUUUGGGAGCACAACCCCUUUUGGUGCCCAAACAGGGGGUUCUAUAUUUGGAGGCACCUCUACUGGUGUGUUUGGUGCCCAAACAUCUUUACCUUUCUCCACAACAGCUUUUGGUGCAUCAUCAUCUCCGGUUUUUGGAAGUUCUACACCUCCAUUUGGAGCAUCCUCAACUCCUACUUUUGGCAGUUCAUCAUCUUUUGGUGCAUCUUCAGGUUUUGGUCAGAAGCCUGGUUUUGGCUUUGGAUCCAGUACAAGUCAGUCCCCUUUUGGAAGCUCAACUCAGCAAACACAGGCUGCAUUUGGAGGCAGUAUAUUUGGUUCCUCCACACCUUUUGGAUCUUCAAGUCAAUCCGCAUUUGGCUCAAGCACCCCUGCAUUUGGUGCCACAACUACCCCUGCGUUUGGUGCCACAAGCACCCCCGCGUUUGGUGCCACAAGCACACCCGCUUUUGGUGCCACAAGCACACCCGCUUUUGGUGCCACUAGCACACCCGCUUUUGGUGCCCCAGGCACUCCUGCCUUUGGUGCCACCAGCACUCCUGCUUUUGGAUCCACUGGAAGUCCAGCAUUUGGUAGUACAGGUACUGCAUUUGGUGUGUCAAAUGCUCCAAUCUUUGGAAGUGGAGGUGCCUUUGGGGCUUCAACUUCUUCUGUCUUUGGAUCAUCAACCACCCCUUCUUUUGGGGCUUCAAGUACCCCUGCUUUUGGAGCUUCGAGUACUCCAGCUUUUGGGGCAUCCAGUACUCCUUCAUUUGGCUUUGGGUCCAGCCCAGCCUUUGGCCAGUCAACUUCAGCAUUUGGUAGCAGUCCAUUUGGAACUACUACAUUUGGAGCCCAAAGCUCUCCCUUUGGAGCUCAGUCUUCAACACCGGCAUUUGGAAGCACUAGCUUUGGACAGGCACCUUUUGGGGGUCAACGUGGGGGCAGUAGGGUGACUCCUUACAUGCCUACUACUGAGGCAGAUGGUGGCAGUGGUGCACAGCCAGCUGGAAAGCUGGAUUCAAUAUCAGCAAUGCCUGCCUACAAAGAUAAAAGUCACGAGGAGUUGAGAUGGGAGGAUUAUCAGUUGGGAGAUAAAGGUGGUCCACAGCCUGCUCAGUCCACUGGUGGGAUUGGCUUUGGUGGAUCAACCACACAGACAAGUCCUUUUGCUCCAUCUCCAACACCAACACCAACACCAGCAUUUGGUCAAACACCUGCAAAUCCUUUCUCCACCACCACACCUUCUAAUCCUUUUGCUCCUAAAACUCCAACCUUCGGUAAUACAGGUUUUGGAACCUCAACUACUACAGCAAACCCUUUUGGAACAACUUCAACAAACCUUUUUGGAACAACUUCUUCAACAUCACCCUCACUAUUUACUUCAACAUCAUCUGCUCCUUUUGGAACUGGUUCAUCUCUUUUUGGUUCAUCAACUGCGCCUUCAUUUGGGUCUUCACCAUCCCUUUUUUCUUCUGCACCAGCUCAGGCAACAACCCCAACUUUUGGAACAGGUUUAAAUUUUGGCAGUCAGACAUCCCCUCUGUUCAAUUCCACAACCCCUUCAAUCGGACAGACGUCUAGCAAUCCUGUCUUCGGACAGAAUACUACUAGCUUUGGUCAAACAAGCAUUUUUAAUACACCUUCUACUGCAUUUAGUGGGAACUUAUUUUCAAACUCUUCAUCCCUUGUUCCUCCUAGCAACCAAGGUGGCUUUGGCCAAGCUACUCCCAUUUUCUCUUCAUCUUUUCAACCUGCCCAGCCUGCUCAGGCCACUAGUUCUUUUGGCUUUAGCAACUUUGGUCAGACCCAAACAGGUGUUACAUCGAGCGUUUUUGGUCAAAAUGCAUUUGGACAUUUGUCUGCCACGCAAAGUGCUGCUGUUGUACAACCUGUGACCAUUAAAAAUCCAUUUGGAGCACUCCCUGCGAUGCCUCAAAUAUCAAUUGGUCGAGCUGGAACUGCACCAUCUGUUCAAUAUGGGAUUUCUAGCAUGCCUGUCAUUGACAAACCUGCUCCUGUUAGAGUGUCUACUCUGUUGACUUCUCGACACCUAUCCCAAAGGCGGAUUAGGUUGCCUGCAAGGAAGUAUCAUCCUAACAAUGAUAGUAGGAAGGUUCCAUUUUUCAGUGACGAUGAGGAGACACCAAGCACACCUAAGGCAGAUGCUGUUUUUAUUCCUAGGGAAAAUCCGAGAGCUUUGGUCAUUCGUCCCACAGAACAUUGGCCAUCAAGGGCUUUUGCUGAUAAGAUAUCACCAAUGAAGAAUCUGUCUACUCCAGUUCAAGAGACUGGUAAGAGAACAAGCAAUGUUUCUAUUGGUGGCUUAAAUGCUGAGGAUAAAGAUAAAAAUCCAGUUCAAAAUGGUUCUCCAGAGGAGCGAGUCCAUCCAGUCAAAGUCAGCCAGAAGCCUAAUGGAGUGCAAAAUGAUCAUUCUCUUCAGAGAGAUGACACCUACAAGACUCUCAGUGGCCAUAGAGCUGGUGAGGCUGCUAUUGUGUAUGAGCAUGGAGCUGACAUUGAGGCACUGAUGCCAAAGCUCCGGCGAUCUGAUUACUAUACAGAACCUAGAAUCCAGGAACUGGCAGCAAAAGAAAGAGGUGAUCCAGGGUAUUGCCGUCAUGUAAAGGACUUUGUGGUUGGAAGACAUGGGUUUGGAAGCAUCAAGUUCCUUGGCGAGACAGAUGUGCGACGGCUUGAUCUGGAGUCUCUUAUUCAGUUCAACAACCGAGAGGUGAUUGUGUACAUGGAUGAUAGCAAGAAACCACCUGUUGGUCAGGGUCUUAAUAAACCUGCUGUAGUAACACUUCUCAACAUAAAAUGCUUUGACAAAAAGACUGGACGUCAGUAUACAGAAGGACCAAAAGCUGAGAAAUACAAGGAGAUGCUUAAGAGGAAGACGGAGGAUCAAGGAGCUGAGUUUGUGUCUUAUGACCCCGUAAAAGGAGAGUGGAAGUUUAGGGUCAAUCACUUUAGUAGGUACAAGCUUGUAGAUGAAGAGGAUGAUGACACAGAAACUUAUUCUUCCUCAAGUCGCUGACAAGGAGAUUUGGCCAACAGUCUAUCUGGUGCCUGGUUCAAAGAUUUAUCCCUCGGGCUUUGCCUUGUAUGGAGGGUAGUUUUGAAUUGUACAUAAGUCCGCCAAAUCGUGUGGUAUUUCCAGUAUGACAUGCUGGUUCUGUUGUUGUUUCAAUCUUUUGGUCUCCUUCUUUUUUUUUUUUUUUUUUUUUUUUUUUUUUUUCGGUUUAUCUUUCACCACUUUUCUGCCCUUCACAAUUUGUUAUUUCUAGACUCGUAUUGACUGUUCCAUCUGAAAUGAAAAUACAUCUUUUUG